AUGAUGGUCGCUUUUGCUUCAAUUAUGUCAACAAUUUCAUACAAUACAGGGCCAGUUAUCGCGAAAGCGAUCGAUGCAUUUUCACGUUGCACUAUGCUUGUAGACGUUGGAGGAAGCCGUGGUACUCUAUUAGCUAACAUUCUUUCGUCACAUAGAAAUAUUGUUAACAGUAUUGUAUUUGACUUGCCCUCAACUAUUAAUCAUGCAUCAUCAUCCAUGGAUGACAACGACUUUGAAAGACUUGGCAUUUCACCUUCACGCUAUCGUUUCGUUGGUGGUGACAUAUUCGAUCCAAAUACAGUUCCCAAAGCCGACGGGUAUCUUCUUAAGUACAUUCUACAUAACAUGAAUGAUGAAAACGCCAUAAAAGCGCUGAAAUCAUUAUAUAAAGUGGCACUCCGACCCGCCAGGAUAUUUAUUAUAGAACUUGUGCUCGACGAACCGAUAACAUCGGAGGUUGUCCGUCGCCAAUGGACAGUAUAUGCAGAAGACUUUAUUAUGCUUGGGACAGAUGAAGGACGCGAACGAACAUUACAACAGUACGUUGACUUACUUCAAAAAGCAGGGUUAACGUUCUUCAAACUUCAUGAGAUCGGCCUCGACGAACGCGUCAUAGAGAGCUAUAUCGAUUAG